AGUGUGGCUUGCGACGGAAGGCAGAGGGCAGGUAAUGCGCGCGCACGUAGCCGCGCCGAAUUUUCGUGCUGCCAAUAUUUCACCGUAGAACGCAGAGAGCGCGCGCCACACGCGGUAUCGACGAAAAUCCAAUGUAUCACACCCGUUGAAUAAAAAUUGAUGGUCAGUGCGUUUCACCAGUGUAAACAUCGAAGAUUCUCAGCUGUAUAGCAAUAUUUCGGAUCGUGUUUCUUAUGUCAUAGCGGCAAUAUGGCCAGCAAAAUAGGGUUCGGCGGGGUGCGCUGAGCGGGGCAUGUGGUCGCGGACGGCGCGGUUGCUGCGGCGGGUAGCUCUGCUCGCGCCGUUUGUGUUAACGGCGCUGGCACUGCUGCUGCUGCCGCGCCCCCCACCCUAUCAUGCCUCGCGGAUGCCCUCACCACCACCCACUGCGCAGCCCCGGGACGAUGUUUACAUUCAUAACUCGAUAACGGAAAGCGAGGAGGUGAACAAUGUUGGAGAUGAUACUUCAAUGCGACCUUGGUACAUGAGUGGGGGGGAGAAACGACCUAGAAGUCAUGAUAAGCAGGCCAGGGUUUUCCCGGAAGACCUGCCUGGAGAAGACAGGAUCGUCGAACAGCUUAUGUAUACGUUGCCAAAAGACGAAGACGUACCUAUGAAGAAGAUAUUGCUAGCAAACGGUUUAGGUACAUGGGGUGUUUCGGGAGGUCGAACGGAGUUUAUCAGGAACAAAUGCCCAGUGGACAGAUGCACCUUAACCGCAGACUCCAGGGAAGCAGCUACCGCGGAUGCCAUCUUGUUUAAGGAUCAUCAUACGCCGUAUAAUAUCAAGCGCCCAUCACAUCAAAUAUGGAUUCUAUACUAUCUAGAAUGUCCCUACCACACCGCGUCACUACGGCCAACGUCCAUCGAUGUAUUUAACUGGACAGCUACGUACCGGCGAGAUUCCGACAUCGUAGCUCCCUAUGAAAAGUGGGUCUACCAUGACCCUAUUGUCACCGAGAAAGAAUUAGAGCGGAAUUACGCGGCUAACAAGACUAAAAAGGUGGCGUGGUUUGUCUCAAACUGCCACGCGCGCAACCGUCGGCUGCAAUACGCAAGGCAACUGUCUAAAUACAUUCCAGUGGAUAUAUAUGGAGCUUGUGGGCCUCAUCAUUGCCCCCGAACAGACCCAAAUUGCCUGGAGAUGUUGGAUAAAGAGUAUAAAUUCUACCUCGCUUUUGAGAACUCUAAUUGUCGGGACUACGUCACCGAGAAAUUCUUUGUGAACGGAUUGCAACAUGACGUGCUUCCAAUAGUUAUGGGUGCUCGACCCGAUGAAUACGCAGCAGUAGCGCCGCACAACUCGUACAUUCAUGUAGAAGAGUUUGCCAACCCAGAGGAGUUGGCAACGUAUCUACGCCGACUCGACGAGGAUGAUACGCUUUACAACUCCUACUUUAAGUGGAAGGGCACUGGUGAAUUCAUAAACACAUACUUCUUUUGUCGUGUAUGCGCAAUGGUUCACGCUAACGCACGCAGGCAGCGAAACGCCCAUUACACUGAUGUUCAGGCGUGGUGGCGAGACGCAACUUGCACGCGUGGCGAUUGGCGGUCGACGGUGCGCGACUCGCACGAUAAAGUCUAGGUUGGGACUACCCUCGAAUUAAAAAUAACGUAACCUACUUAAAUACACCUUCUCCGCGUAUCUUUCAUAGCGCUGGCGCAUUUUAAUUUACACAGUUAAGAAAGUUAAACAUAAUUCGUGGAGAAAGUAGUAGUCGUUGAUGAAUGUGCUUUGCUUGUGUUAUAUGUAUAUGGUGGUUCAAAAAUAUGGCCGACUGAAAAUUUCUUUGAUAAAGAAUGUGUUUCCCAGAGGAAUUAUAGUUAUUCCCAAAAUGAAUGUGUAGUAGGAUCCUCGUCCAUUAACAUAGAAAUAUAUGAAGUAAAACUAAUUCAAAUUAUUUUGAAGUGCAAUUUAAGAAUUAGUGAUCAAUGUUAAUGUGCGCAUAAAUGUCUGAAUAAAAUAUAGUAAACAUUGUACUUAACAAAUUAUUAAUGUGAAAGGUUCUAAUGAACGUACAAAAUGGUUUCAGACCAAACUACAAUAUAGUAAAUUUAAAAUUAUAUUAUGUUAUUAAUAUAUAUUUAAUACAUCACUGUUAAUUAAUAUUAAUUGUGUUAUGUUAUAUUAUUAAAAUUAUAGUAAGUACUUCAAAACAGGCAACCUCUUUUGUUACUUCUUUAAUUGUUAUUAUUUUUUAUGAGUAAAGUCGUUUGAACGGCUCGUUAGUUAAUAUGAAAAAUAUCAUAUGAGUGAUAUAAUUUUAAUUUACCAUGACAUAUUACAGGAGAUAUUUAUUGUUUUUGUUUGAUAAUGUCUAUUGUAGUAAUGUUUCAUGUCUGUUGCUCACAAAUUUAAUAAUUAAUAUCAAAAGUCUACGUAACAUCAAAUUUACAGUGAAAUACACUUAAUGCCAAAUGCAUUAAUUACUAUCUUUUACAAAUGUUUUAAAGUUUGCUACUUUUUUACAUGUAAGUUUGUAUAUGUUUAUGUUUACAUUUUUAUUAUUAAUUAUUUUAAUAUAUACCUGGUUUGAAGCCCAUAGAAAAAUAUAACCCAUUUUGAUAAUCACUAAUAAGCAUUAAUUAAUAAUAAAAUCACCUUUUAAAGCAAACAAUGAAUUUUAAUGAUAAAAGUUCAUAGGAAAAACAAAUGAGGCUAUCGACCAUUUAAUUACAUUCCACUUUAAUGAUUAUAAUGUAAAAUUGUUUAGGUUUGGCCCAAUUUUUUUUCAGACUCGUUCACUGUACAAAAGCUGACAGGUACUUCUUUCUAUUUGAAAUAAGGAUUACUUUUACUUAUGUACCUAGCUAACAUGUUAAUCGUAUUUUAUAUCAAUGUUCUUAAACAUUCCUUAAGUUAAUUAAAAUGUUAUUAAGCUCAAUUUGUCUAGUCCUGGCUUCAAUUUAAAUUGAGCACAAAAUUUUGUAGAAAUUCUUUAUUAUUUAAGUUUAGCACAAUUUACAUGAUACAAUUUUAUAUCA